GUCCGGGGAAGAGCAAAACUAUUCCGCGUCUCAAAAUGACAGAAUUGUGUCCUGGAACAAGUGACGAGGGCGCUGGUCGCAUCGCCGCACAAAGGGGCUCCUGGCAGGGGAUAGACUGUCGCACGGCCCAAGUUGAGGUGCGACGGGCACAACUGGCGAGAAUUCUUCUUCAGCACCGGGCUCGGGCUAUAUUGCAGCAUGACUCCUCAGAGGAAGAGCAAAGAGUCAUUCUGCAGGCACUCUUUGGCUUCCUCGAGCCUCCACCCAGCAUUCAACGACGACCAUGACACAAACACUGCCGCUGACGACACCAGCACUGACAUGUCUCAUCACAGGCUCUCUGCUGUGGAUUGCUGGUAGCGCUGUUGUGUGUUUUCGAUGCCUUGGACGUUUCCGAGGCGCAGGUAUUGGUGUUGACGAUUGUCUUUCUGUUGCUGCAGCCAUCCUGUCCGGAAGCGCGAUCGGGAUAGGUGCGGCAGUGUUCACCUCCGGAGUUGGCUAUGAUUUGAACCCAGAGUCUGCCGUGUAUCCCAUUCUUCUCGAGAACCUCCCCCGAAUUUUAGAGCUUACAUUCGCCUAUACCCUCAUAUACCUCUGGGCUCUCGCCGCUCUCAAGCUCAGCCAGCUCUUCCUAUAUCUGCGAACAUUCGAGCUUGAACUGAGGUGGUGGAUCUACGGGGGUAUCGGCAUUUCCAUCGCCUGGGGCGUUUCCUUCACGUUCCUCACAAUAUUUCUAUGUGAUCCGAUCCAGCAGCAGUGGACGCUGGCCCGCAUCGGCAAGUGCAAAGACCAGAUCACGGUGCUCAAGUCGCUUAUCCUGACCAACGUCCUCACGGAUCUGUUCAUUGUGAUCCUGCCAAUCCGCACAAUCUGGAACCUGCAGAUGCGUAAAACGGAAAAGGUGGUGGUGACGUUGUGUUUCGCUAUGGGCCUUGCAUGUUGUAUCAUUGGCAUAGUCCGCUUCGUCUACCUCUUCGAGAUCGACCUUCUCGGCAACCUGACCGGUACAUCCCAGUCGACAUUUAUCUUGCUCACUGUCGAGCUGGAUCUCGCAGUGCUGUGCAUCAACAUUCCCACCCUCCGACCCUUCUAUGCUCGCUUGCGCGCCAAGUACGGCUCUUUUUGGACGAGAAGCACCGACCAGGGCCCCGAUACUUCCAGCAGGAGCCAGGUUUCCGGACUCGCACCGAGAUCCAAUACUACGAACGGCAUGCGAUUCGACGACGUUUCUGCAUCAAAGAGGGGCAUCAUCGGCACGGGAACGAAGAAGAGUCAGUCCGGUGGCGCGGCUUGGAUUGAACUGAACGAUGCCGAGAGCGGAGCCGUCAGCGACGACGCUGGCUCCGAGAGGAAGUUGACUCGGGCGCCCCAUCCUGACUCUGGUGUACGCGUGUCGACGAAGUGGACAGUCACAAGGGAGUAGAGGACCGGUGUCGGCAAUGGGAAGGCAUAUUCGUCUACAUUUCUGAGUCGAGCAUCUGGAGGUGUGUACACGGAACACCCCGAUGCUCUGCUUUCAAAUCGCCCUAAAAAUGAAUAGAACAACGAAUCUGUCCAAGGACGCUGGUGGAAUUUACUGCUGCAGUUCUUGUUGUCCAAACGCCUUGUCUUCAUGAAUGAAAAAGCUCAGGUGCUCUUGAUGUCCACACCAAUUUGAGACAGCUGCGUCAAGUAUUCUCGCGAAAGUCCUAACUCCGGCGGUUGUUACGACACUUAUUCAUGAUUAGUACAGCUCAAAGAAGGCACGAUGAGGUGGUAUUGCUGUCUAUUCAGC